AUGGCUACCCCCAGCGUCCUCACUUUUGACGCUGAGGUUCGGGCCAUUGACUUUGACGUCUGGGUAGAUGACCUGCAGCUUUUCCUACAGUGCGAUAGGGCAGACGGUCUCUCCCUCUUUGACCUCACUUCUGGUGCCUCUCCUGCCCCUGCUGCUGAUGCUGACGCCACUGCUCGCUCACAGUGGGCCACACGCGAUGCUGCUGCACGUCUUGCUGUGCGUCGCCACUUGCCUACAUCUGAGCGUGCACACUUUAGCCAGAACAAGAGUGCUAGGACCUUGUACGACGCUGUAGUUGCACGCUACUCUUCCCCUGCGACUGCUGCAGUUAGCCGCCUCAUCCUGCCGUACCUCUUCCCUGACCUCGCUGCUUUUCCCACAGUCGCUGACCUCAUUACGCACCUUCGCGCUAGUGACAUUCGCUACCGCGCUGCCCUUCCCGCUGAGUUCUGUGCCAAGAACCCACCCCCUAUGGGUGCUCCCCCUCUCCUCUUUUGCCCUCUGUUGCCUCUGCUGCUGCGGCCGACCUCGUUGGUCUUGAGUCGGUCGGUGCGGCGUCUGCCCCUAGCAGGAGACGCCGCACUGGCAAGGGCAAGGGGGGCAGGGGCGCUGGAGGAGCUAGCGGGGGCAGUGGAGGCGGCGGUGGAGGCGGCGGAGGGGGUGGGGGUGGCGGUGGGGGUGGUGGCGGGGGUGGGGGCCUCGUUGGCGGCAGUGGAGGCGGAGGCGGCGGCGGCGGUGGCAGUGGGAGCGGAGGUGGCGGAGGUGGCGGCGGUGGAGGUGGCGGCGGUGGAGGAGGUGGAGCUGGUCGGGGUGGCGCUGCCCAGAGGGUCGGCUCCGGUGGUGGUCAGCGCCAGCAGCAGCAGCGUACUCGUGAGAUCCCCCCCCCCUCAGCAGCUUCGUGAGUGGUACGCUGCACGCCAGCGGGGUGAGGGUACUGGUCCGUGCACCUACGUCCUACGCACCGGCGACCGCGCGGCUAUCUUUGAUCUUGACUUUGAUGCUAUUCUUGCUGCCAUGUAUGCUAGGACUAUUAGUGAUGAGGGUGACUGUUACCGGUGUUUUCCGCCUGACCCGGGCAUUGGGACUGCUGCUCUAGGUACUGGUGAGGCUGCUGCUCUAGGUGCUAGCGAGGCUGCUGCUCUAGGUGCCAGUGCGUCUGCUUCCUCAGGUGCUGGUGAGUCUGCUCUCUCAGGUACUGCGUUGGCUUCGGCCUCCCACACCUUCACCCUUGACUCGGGGGCUUCUCGCUCCUUCUUUCGAGACCACACCACACUCACGCCGCUUGGUCGGCCAGUUGCAGUUUUCAGUAGAGCUACACUGUGA